GAGUAUAUGAUCAAUCCUCUCCCCUGUGUCCCUCCUCUCCCACCUCUCCCAGGCCGUGAUGUGUGGCCUGCGUGCCUGACAGUGCCUGACAUUGCCUGGGAGUGCCAUGAGCCAGCAGGAGGAGGUGGAGGAAGCUGUGUGUGAGGAACUGGAGGAGCCUGAGCGCCCCCCCACGUGGAGCUCAGGAUGGGACGACGAAUGUACAGAUGUAGAGGCUGACCCUGACCCCCAUGCCACACCAGAGCGGGAGAUCCUGUGGGCGUGUGAGAAUGGGCAUCAGAGUGUGGUGGAGAGGAUCUUGACGCAGCACCCCGAAGCUGUGGCUGCAACAGACUCUGACGGCUACACUCCCCUGCACCGUGCCUACAGUGACUACCCUGAGAUUAUCAAGCUCCUACUCCAAGCUGGGGCAUCCGUCACAGCCAAGACAGUGGACGGGUGGCUGCCUCUACACUCCGCCUGCCGCUGGAACCACCACGCCUGUGCCCUGCUGCUCCUGGACGCUGGCAGUGACAUCAAUGCAGUCACCAACAGUGGCCAGACACCGCUCCACCUUGCAGCAGUGAACCCCCAGGCCAGGGAGACACUGCAGCUGCUUCUUCACAGUCGCCAUGUUAAACCUCUCCUAGCUAACAGUAAUGGGGAGAUUGCCAGGGAUAUUGCAGUGAGGAGUGGGCCUUAUGUGUACCUGUUUGAGGUGACUGAGUCUGUUUUGAAUGAGUGUGAGGAGCCAGAGUGAGUGAGUGAGUGAGUGUGUGAGAGGUGGUGUUCUCCUUGUUUUAUUUUAUGUGGAUGUUUUGCUUAUCUAUUUGAGGUAACUGAGUGUGUUUUGAAUGUGUGUGAAGAGCUGGAGUGAGUGUGUGAGAAAGAGUGAGUGAGUGAGAGAGAGAGAGAGAGAGAGAGGUAGUUCAUUUACUCUCACAGCCAAUAUUGCAGUGAGAGGUGAGAUUGCGGGUACUUAUUUGAGGUGAGUGAGUGUGUUUUGAGGUGCCAGAGUGAGAGUGUGAAAGAGAGUGAGUGAGAGGUGCUGCAUUCACUCUCACUUCCUUCUUCAGUCUUUUUAUAUCUAUUUGAGAUGACCAAGUGUGCUUUGAAUUUGUGAGAGUUUGAGAGUGUCUGGCAGUGAGUGAGUGAGAGGUGCUGCAUUCACUCUCACUCCCUCCUGUGACUGAGUGAGAGGUGCUUCAUUCACUCUCACUUCUUUCUUACUUCUUUCUUACUUACCUGUUGUGUGAGGAGUAAGAGUGAGAGCGAGAGUGAAAGAGUGAGUGAGAGGUGCUUCAUUCACUCUCAUUUCUUUCUUGCUUACUUCUUACUUUCUUACUACUUAGCCAGAGUGAGAGCAUGGGAGUGUGAGUGAGAGAGAGAGAGGUGGUACAUUCACUCACUCCCUCACCUUUGCAUCACUAACCUGGAUCAAUUGUGGUUGUGUUGUGCUGUUCUGUGCUGUAUAUUUUGUUAAACUAGGAGGUGGUGAGUGGUGGCUGUGAUGCUGUGAUGCUGUAGCCUAUUCCUGAUGCUGUGAUGCUGUUCAGUGUGAGGUUAGGUUAGGUUAGAUUAGAUAAAGGUUAGGUUAGGUAAAGGUUAAGUUAGGUUAGAUUAGGUUGAAUAAGGGUGAGAUCGAGUGUGAGAGGGUUAUCAAUGCAGGUUUAAGGGGACAAUUCAGUGUUUUAAGUAUAUAAGGGAUCAUUUAAAGGUCUAUAGUGGAGUUUAGUGAUAUUUUUGGGUGUGAGAGGUUCAAGACAGGUUUAAGAGGGAGUUUGAGGGACAGAUUUUAGUGUUUUAGGUAUGUAAAAGAUCAUUUAAGGGUAUAUAAUGGUGUUUUAAAUCUGUUUAGUGGUGUAUUUUUGGGUGAGGUGGUUAUCAAGACAGGUGUAAGGGGAGUUUUAGGGACAGAUUUCAGUGUGUUUGGUAUGUAAGAGAUCAUUUAAGGGUAUAUUGUGGUGUUUUAAGUCUGUUUAGUGGUGUUUUUGGGUGAGGUGGUUAUCAAGACAGGUGUAGGGAAGUUUUAGGGACAGAUUUCAGUGUUUUAGGUAUACAAGGGAUCAAUUAAGGGUAUAUAGUGUAAUUAGAAAGGGUGUAGGUGUGUUAAAGGUCACAUUGAGGUUGAGAAAGGGUGCUACUGUGUGUUAGGGGGAAUAAGGGUGUGUUAGAGGUG